CCGUUCUGCGUGUGCCAUAAAACGCACACAAAUGCACUCUGUGGUAAUCCAGCGCCUAUCUUGCUCGCCUUCUCUGCUCAAUUUUCCCCUCCCUGGUUUGUUUGUUUUCCUUCCCCCGUUUUGGAAGCUCUGCCAGCUGUGAGAGAGGCAGUUUGUAAGGCCAAGUGGGAAGGGCUUUCUCUGCAGGAAGUUACGGCUGCAAAUAAACUGACAGGAGGGCAGGAGCCUUCACGGAGACAAAAAUAAACCGCCGGAGAGGGGAAGAGAAGCUUGUUCUGAAUGCAACACGAACCUCCCAGAGGCCUAUUGAAAAAAGCAGACCAACACAACAGACACACGGCAGACGACAGAAAGACCCUAAUGGAACAAAGGGCACGGCUGCAUCGGCCAUCCGCUCGGAAGAUCCUUCGCCGGAGUUGAAAGGCAAGUUCCUGCUGCCACCAUGCCAUUCAGGAGAUGGCCGUGCAAGGCAGGGAGCAGCUGGAGCAGGCUGAAGCAAAUAGAGCCCAAGCAGAAGGCUGGCAGAGGCGUUGUAGCUUCCGCGAUGCACCUGGACUCGGCGCUAGGCGCUGGGAAUCGCCUGGUCCUCAAGAGGAUCCUGCACGUGGACCGGACCUUGUUCUUCUUAAGAUCAGCAUCUCCUGUCAGGGACUUUGUCUGUCAUGUGGGGGGAGCCCAGGGGUUCCCAUCUCAGCCAACCUCGCCCAGACCAAGCCAGCCAGCACUGAAGAAUGUGCCCACCUCUGAAGCCAUCCAGAAACACCGCAAAAACCUCUCUGACUGGUUCCGCCAGCAGCCAAACGAGGAGCGUCAGUUUGGCCCGUCGUUCUCACUAGACACAACCCACGUGGACCCCGUGAUCCGGGAGAGCUCCCUGGAGGAGAUCCUGAAGCCUUCUCCUGAGAUGACCAUCCAGAACCAGCUGCAGGCCUCAUGUAGCCACACCAUUGGGCUCCAAAACCUCUUUGACGUGGACGCCUGCGGGAAUCAGGUGAAGAACGUGGUCCUCUAUGGCACGGUGGGCACUGGGAAGAGCACCCUUAUCAAGAAGAUGGUGAUGGACUGGUGUCACGGCCGCCUCCCGCGCUUCGAGCUGCUCAUCCCAUUCUCCUGUGAGGACCUUUCCCAGGGCAGUGCACCCAUCUCCUUGCGGCGCAUGAUCACCAAGAAAUACCUUCACCUCCGGGAGCUGGUGCCCGCGUUGGGCUCCACCCACCUCAAGGUGCUCUUCAUCCUCAAUGGCCUGGACCGCCUCAAUCUAGACUUCCGCCUGGCGCACACAGAACUCUGUUGCGACCCCAACGAGCCUAUUCCUCCGUCCGCCAUUGUGGUCAACCUGCUGAGGAAAUACAUGAUGCCAGAGGCAAGCAUCAUUGUCACCACACGGCCCUCGGCAGUGCGCCGCAUCCCCAGCAAGUUUGUGGGCCGCUACGUCGAGGUCUGUGGCUUCUCCGACAUCAACCUCCAGAAGCUCUACUUCCAUUUGCGCCUGCGUAGGCCUGAGUGCCUCGGGGCCUCUGGCCCUCCAACGGCAGAGGAAGCGAACGAGCAGGACAACUUGGUGGAGAUGCUUUCUAGGAACUUGGAGCGGCACAACCAGAUUGCAGCCGCCUGCUUCCUGCCAUCCUACUGCUGGCUAGUGUGCACCACGUUGCACUUCCUUUACUUCACCAAGUCGGUGCCCCCCACACAAACCCUCACCGGGAUCUACACCAGUUUCCUGCGGCUCAACUUCAGUGGGGAGGUGCUGGACAGCACAGACCCCUCUGACAUCUCCAUGAUGAAAUAUGUGUCCAAAACAGUGGGCAAGCUGGCCUACAAGGGGGUGAUGUCCCGGCAGACCUCCUUCUCGGAAGAGGACCUGCACCGCUGCUUUGAGAUGGAGACGAAGACGGAGAGUGAGCUCAACCUCCUGAAUGUUUUCCGCAGAGACGUCUUCCGCUUCUUCCUGACGCCCAGCGUGCAGUCAGGCAAGGAGCACACCUUUGUCUUCACCAUCCCUGCCAUGCAGGAGUACCUGGCAGCCCUCUACGUGGUCCUGGGCGAGAAGAAGACCCUGGGGCAACGGGUGGGCAAGGAGGUCUCCGAGAUCAUUGGCAAGGUGAGCGAAGAUGUGGCAGUGGUCCUCAGCAUCCUCUCCAAGGUCUUGCCUCUCCGCAUCCUGCCGGUGCUCUUCAGCCUCAUCAAGGUCUUCCCCCGCUACUUUGGCCGGUUCACCAGCAAGGACCGCGACACCAUCGCCCGCACCAUGGCAGUGGAGAUGUUCAAGGAGGAGGACUACUUCAAUGACGAUGUGUUGGACCAGAUCAACUUCAGCAUCCUCGGGGUGGAAGGUCCCAUGCGCCACCCAGACGAGGCUUCAGACGACGAGGUCUUCGAGCUCUUCCCCAUCUUCAUGGGAGGGCUGCUCUCACGGCGCAACCGGGCCAUCCUGGACCAGCUCGGCUGCUCCAUCAAGAACCUGGCAGCCUUUGAGAUCGCCAAGGCCAUGAAGAAGACGGUCAUCCGCAACAGCCGCAAGGGCUUGCCACCGUCCGAACUCAUGGACUACCUCUUCUUCUUGCACGAGUUCCAGAAUGAGCGCUUCACAGCUGAGGCCAUCCAGUCCUUGAGGACCAUCAACCUCUCCUCUGUCAAGAUGACCCCUCUCAAGUGCUCUGUCGUGGCAUCUGUCGUGGGCACCACCAGUCAUGAAGUGGAGGAGCUGAACUUGGCCUCUUGCCACCUUGACAUCAACAGCCUGAAGAUUCUCUUCCCUGUCUUGCUGCGGUGCAAAAAACUCCACUUGCAGCUCAACAGCCUGGGGCCAGAAGCAUGCAAGGAGAUCAGGGACCUGUUGUUGCACGAGAAAUGUGGUGUGAGCACCCUAAGGCUGGCGGACAACCCCCUGACAGAGCAGGGUGCCCAGUACCUCGCUGAAGGCCUUGCUGGCAACACCUCUUUGACCCACCUGUCGCUGCUGCACACCUCGCUGGGGAACCGGGGCGUGGAGGUGAUCACCCAGCACUUGGCGCAAAACCAGCACCUGCAGGAACUCGAUGUGGCCUACAAUUCGGUGUCCGACGCAACUGCCCUCGCCCUGGUGGAGGAGGCCAAGAGGCACGCCACGCUGGAAACGGUCCACUUGUACUUCAACGAGAUCAGCGAGGAAGGCAAGCGAGCCCUCCACGCGCUGCGCAAGGAACGCGAUGGCAUCAAGGUGCUCAUCUUCCUGACGAUGGGGGCCGACGUCUCCGACUACUGGGCCGUCAUCCUGAACGUGGUGCAGAAGAACUUGCCCGUCUGGGACCGCGACCGGGUGCAGCAGCACCUCGGCCUGCUCCUGGAGGACUUGCGGUGCAGCCGCCGGGAAACGGCCAAUCCUUGGAAGAAGGCCAAGUUCAUCCGCGUGGAGAACGAAGUCAAGCGGAUGCUGGGAGAACUUCAGCAGGGCACUUCCUAAUGCUCCACUCCUGCUGGAGACUCCUGGGAAAAGUGUGUGCUUGUGUCCGUUCGGAAAAGGCAAACGCCAGGAGAAAGUGUUGAGGGUGGGUACACACAAGCCGUUACACAGCAGAUUCAUCCGGGUUGAGCGACUGCCUUCAUGCCUUGCCUUGUGAGCUUCCUGGAGCUGCCUGAUUGGCCGUUGUAGGAUACAGAAUGCUGGGCUACAAUGACUUUUCGCCUGUUCCGACAGGGAUUUUCUGAUGUUCUUAGGAGCCUGGCUUCCUUUCACCUUCACUAUACAUGUGACAGAUAUAAUACCACCAUUCAAACUCUGAUUCCAUGGUCCAUCUCCCACAUCUCUCUCAUAUUUCGGAUAAACUGUGUGCCUUAAUAUAUACUGUAUUUUUUCAUGUAUAAGACUAUGCUUUUUGCUAAAAAAAAAGAGGCAAAAAAUGGGUGUCACCUUAUACAUGGAUAGUGAAUGCAGAGGGGGGACGUGUGAUUAAUGGCAGCAGCAAGCAGGCGAUUGGCAGCAGUGAUUCAGCGGGGGAUUGGUGGCUGCGGCAAGGCCUGCUGGUGAUUGGCUGCGGCAAUUGGGUAGACGAUUGGCGGCUGUGGCAAGUGGGCGGGUGGGCUGUUAGUGGCGGCGAGCAGGCAGACAAUUGGCGGCUGCAGCAACAUCAUGUGCAAUCGGCAGUGACUGUGACAAGCAAUCGGCAGUGGCGGGCAAGCGGGUGAGCGAUUGGCGGAAGUGACCUCACCCCCCCCCAAAAAAAGCUAAACAAUAAAUUUUCUUAAUUUUGUCUUUAAAAAAUUAGGGGUCGUUUUAUACAUGAGGGCAUCUUAUACUCAGAAAAACAUGGUAUAUAUGUAUUCAGGCGCGGUGCUAGGGCUUUUUGCGCCCUAAGCAAAACACUUUCUGGCGCUCCCCGGGUGCAUGCGUUAUGACGCAUGCGUCAUGACACACGCACGCCACUGAUGCCCCUGCGCCCCCUCCAUUGGCUGGAGGAGCGCGGGCUGAGGGGAGGGGGGAGCUUGGCGCCCUCCCGCCUGUGGAGGGGACGCUUUGAGCUCCUCAGCGGCGGCGGCUGCAGCGAGUG